AUGGGUUUGGCGCCAGGAUCCAUCGUGGCCGUUGGCGUCGUCCUGGCGCUGAUGCACAUGCUGCAGCCAAGAACACUUCUCGCUGUGUUGGGGUCGGCCAUUCUCGUCGCUGCGCUUUUGGCCGUGGCGGUCAUGGUGUGGAUUGCCUGGGUAUUCACAACCUUGAAAGCCAUGUUCUCGCGGCCGUCGAAAGCCGCAGCAAGUGAGCCGACCACAAAAUCGAUCAACUCACCCAACGCAAGACCUGGCUCGACGAAUCCACCCAACACGCCGCCAAAAGCGACUCCUAACUAUUCGGGCCUCGUCACAGUCACGAUUGGGGUUCUAGCCUGUAUCGGUGGCCUCAUGCAAGGCAUACAAGCCAUCCACGACCUGGCUAACCACAAUGCUCGCCGACGAACCAACCAGCCGCCGCGACUUUCGCCACCAUGUAGCACCCCUUCAGCUCCACCGCCAGUCCAAUGCGUUGUUUGCUUGGAUGCGGUCGAGACCGCUGGCUGCGCAACGUGCGACCAGUGUUCCAUCCAGUGCUGUGGACCGUGCAUUGAAAAGUACUUCCGCAUCAAAAUUCUCCAAGAUCGUCAGGCUCAUCUGCCUUGCCCAUCGUGUGGAGCUGCACUCAGCGCCGGCAUCCUGACGCGAUUUUUAAGUCCAUACUUGGCUGGCAAACUCCACGAGCUCGAGCAAACCGAGCGCUCGUUCAAGUGCCCCAAGUGCCAGUGCCGUGAAUGCUUCGGCAGCAAGUACUCGAAUAAUCGGCGGUUGACUUGCACCGAGUGCAGAUCCGCUUGGUGCAUCGACUGCGGACAGACGUACCACUACUUUGCCACGAAAGGUUGUUCGGACAGGUCGUUUCGACAGUGGCGCGCCAAGCACCACAUCAAGCCAUGUCCGAAUUGCAAACGGUUCAUCGAGAAGAACGAGGGGUGUAACCAUAUGACGUGCACCCAGUGCAAGAAGGAAGUCGUUGAGCUGCACGAGAGCGACGACUUCGAGACGAAUUAUUUGUUCUGCGCGCCGCUGGGGUACGAAACGUCCUUUGGCUGCAUCGACGUUGGGUUGGUGAUUGUGCACCAGCAACAGGAACCGUUCACUGUGCUCCAUCAUGCUCUGUGCCAUCCGAAAGUCCACUGGAACAAGGUGUCCCAAACCGCCACCGACACUCCCUUCACCAGCACAUAA